UUUUCUUUAAAAAAACUAUUAAAAAAUAUUUUAAUUCUCAAAAACAAUUAUUGUGCGAUGUCUACAAAUAAAACAAUCUUUUUUUUAAAUAGUAUAUAAUAUAAAUAGAAUGAAAAUAAUACUAAAAUUGUGCAAAAAUAAAAAUAAAAAAGUAAUAAUAUAGGAAUUUAUAUUUAAGGUUCGAAAAAAAAGAAAUCAAACUACAUAUGAACUUGUCUAAAAAAAGUGUAAAAGAAGAAAAUUUUCAAUUUUUCAAUUUUUCCAUAAAAUGGAUUCUUUCACUUUUGAGAAGAAAUCGUCAUACGUGUACAAGAUUUUUUACACGACUGAAAUUUCCAUAAAUUGUUACCAUUGUUUACUGUACAGUAUACAAUAUGAAUUUUGAAGACUGUACUCAUAAUCAUACAGAAACUUUCGAAGGAAAUAAGGUUUGCAGAGAUUGUGGAAUAGUAUUGAACGAUAUAUUUGAACAGCAAGGAGAAAUCGUCCCUGACAGAUCUGACUUGUAUGAUGGUCGCACAUUCAGACCUGAAACCAUAGACGGAGGCACCCAAGAUCCGGGGACAGAAAAGAAGAAUCCACUUGUUGAGCCAAUACUUAAUCAAACACUUUCGACGCUUGACCUUUUAGAUCUUAAGACGCGCGUUAUUACAUAUUAUAACGCUGUUGAUAAAAAUUUCAUAAUUGGAGAAGGAAAACUUUUACAUUACGUGAUUGCUGCUUGUGCGUUAUUAGUACUUAGAGAAGAAAAGAUACCGAGAACAUUGAGAGAAAUCGCGUACUUAUUGGAGUUAGAUCUGAGUCGUCUUUGCGAAGUUUUGUUUAUGAUUCGAUCUAAAUUCGCGCCAAAUGUUACAAAUUUCGUCAGCGUUGAAGAUUUGAUUAUCAGGUCAAUUGGAAUAAUGUUUGAAGAUGAAAAACAUAAAAUUAAUUUCCCUUUAUACACCGAUAUAAAACAAAUUUGUCAUCUUAAAGAAGAUAUUCACGUUUAUGAAAAACGUAAAGAAAUAGAUUUACCAAAUAACACAAAUAAUAUGGAAUCUGAAGAAUAUCGAGAAAAAAUGAUAAAAAUAUAUCGUGUAGUUUUUACUGGAAUAUGUAUGGAACUCCUCAAAUACGCCAAUGAUGCUUUUAUUUUAAGUGGAAGACAACCUUCAUUCCUUGGUGCCGCAAUUUCUUUGCUUGCGAUUGAAGCAACGGAAAAGCCUAGCGUUCAGGAAGUAAAGAAAAGUCGAAAGAAUGUGAUACAUACUAUAAGUAAAAUAUUUAUGGUGGAUUGUCAUUUUGUAUUGUUUGAAAGAUAUAGGGAACUUCUUGAUGUAAUUUAUCAUAAGGUUAUUAAUAUUAUACCUUGGUGUACCCAUGCCAAAGAAAACAAGUCUAGAAGUUAUUUAUAUGUUACUGACCUUGUACAAUUUCAAGAAUGGAUAUUGAAAAGUCGUUUAAAAGGAAAAGGAAAAGGAAAAGAUAAAGGAGAUGUAAACGUUGAAAAUAAUGAUCCUGUUUACAAUGAAUCGGCUGAAAAUAGUACAGGAGUGAUUUUAACUUCCACAGACACAUCAGGUUUCGCUUCAAGUUUUACUGAUAAUAUUAAUGAACGGAAUGAACAAAAUAAUAAUGGUGAUAUAGAAUUUGACGAAGCUGAAUUGGACGAAUACAUGAGGGAUGAAGAAGAAGUAAGUAAUGAAUGAAAUUAAAAUUCAUGCGACAUUUAUUUUUUAUAAAGUUAUCAGUUAUAAAAUCGUUAUUUAAUUUUAUAAUAGGUUGAAAUGUUUAAAAAGGUCUGGGAAUCACUACAAUCAAAUACCAUUGAAAAAUCUGAAAAAAAUAAGAAUACUCGACUUAAAAAAACCACAAGACUUAAAAGACUUCGCGAAAAGGAUGGUGAAGAUAAAACUUCGAAUCAUAUUGAGCAUCUUUCUUCUGCUGGUGAAUCCUCCCCCAUUUGUACAGAUAAAAAUUCACGCAAGAAUAAGCGCGUCAAAGCAGGUCCAAAAUCUGACGUAAAAAAAUUGAACGUUUCUAUAAUCGAUAACAUAAACUAUGAUGAUUUCGAUCAUAUUUAAUUGAAACCUCCCUAUUAUUAAAUUAAAUUAAUAUAAUAAUCUCAUGUAAAUAAUAAUCGUAAAUGAAAAUACUAUUGGUCACAUGAUUUAACCCAUUUCA